AUGAGUUGGCCAACAGCUGACUUUGAUUACCAAGGUGGAACUAAGGCCUUUCUCCAGAAAUUGGCUGCAAGCCCCUUGGUGAGACAGUCACUGCCAAAUGCUGCGGCCAUCUGUCAACAGUACUUUGCUUUUAGACGCAACAAUGGGGAAGCUAUGCAUAGUUUUCUAGUUCGAGAAGCACUUGGGUAUAGCGAGUUUGUUGAAGCCAUCAUACGGUUGAAUGAAGAGAAGCGUGGGGUUCAGCAACAUGAGAAAACCUUCGAUCUCCCUGAUGAUCAACCUGAUGAUGAUGAAUGGUGGUGGAACUAUGGUGGUAGCUAUGAUGACCCUGAUGAACCUCAUACCCCUGCUGCUGCACGUGAACCUGGCCAGGAAACUACAGCCUCGGCUGCUGUUGGCGCGUCCUCGACACCAUCGCGUGAUGGGCAGCAUGUUGAAGGCUCAACUGGAGUUGGAUCACCUCCUAGACCUGCUCGUGAUCCACCGCCUCCUGGCCCUGAAACUCAGCAUGUCUCUGAAGCAUCUCAACGCGGUGACCCUGAAGCAGUAGAUGAACUUUCACUUGCUGAUAGUUUUGUACUUGGAGUUUUGAGGGGAUUUCGUUUGUUACAAGCUGCAGGGUUGAAUGCGGAUGAAAAACGCGAUAUACUUUCAGCCACGAAGGGUAGCCUGGAAUUUGAAACUAUCACCAGAGCACUGCAAACACUUUGGGAUGAACAGUUUCUUGGUCGUUCUCAUGCUGCUCCAUACUACCAGCACAUGUUCCAUGAUGCUCACUUCACCGAAGAUGCUGAUGAAUCUGACUGGUGGUGGGGUGACUAUGACAAUUACUGGGCUGAUGCUACUAGUUGGUCAUGGGAUGAUGAUGAUGAUGGAUGGUAUUGGGGUAGCUGGAACGAAUCGUGGCAGGCUGAAGAGCAUGCUGAAGAACCGUCCUCCAAAGACGAUGGCGAUGAUGCUGCGCUACGUGAAGCUCAGCAUGUUCAGAAUGUGGCAGAAGGUCUCGCGGCCGAAGCCCAACGUAGCUGGUCAGAGGCCCAACGUGCAACUCAGGCUUUGAGAAGGGAUCGUGGUUUUGGGCAACAUAGACCCCCAGGUAGCGGUUGUUUCAUAUGUGGAAACCCUGGUCAUGGAUAUCGUGAAUGCCCGGAUAAGACUCACCCAUACUAUAUGAAAGGCAAGGGCAAGGGCAAGGGUAAGUCUAUGGGUUCCUACAUGACUGAGUAUGACCCCUACACCACCUAUCUCAUGAACAAGGGCAAGGGUAAGUCCAAGGGGAAGCCAAGUGGCAAACACGCCAUGUGGCUGGAUGCGCAAGUCAUGAAGGGCAAAGGGAAGUCGAAGAGUAAACAACCCUCUCGUCCUCCUGUCAAUGCGUACUCUCUUGAAUCCCUCUAUGGCAUGGAGAUACAGACCAUGCUUGACAUGAAUUCUGCUGCUAGCUCUUCAGUAGAGCCUGGCACUGCUCUGUUGGAUUCUGGUGCUACGGCAUCGGCUGGACCGGAAGAGUCGGUCAAGCAGCUGAUCUCAGCUGUCCUUGCAGUUGACAAGGGAGCAACCUUGAGCAUCGAGCGAUACAUAUCCAAUGCCCACGGCGAGUGGAUCCACUGCGGCGUGUGCAAUUUGCGCCUGAAGUACACUCCCCGGAAGGGCAGCCCAAGCAGUACGACCAAAGUGGAGAACGCCUUCAUGGUGCAGAAGAUGUUGGACAAUCUUCGUCCUAUGAUGGGCAACUACCUGCCCACGGCAUCCAUUUGCCUGGCCAUGCAGAAGAAGAUCGACGCGGAGGAAGCUCUGAUCGACAUGGUGGACAAGGAGAUCUUCGAGCAGCGACAGUUUGCCCUGCGAACCGCCUACCCGAAGGCGAAGAUGCGUCCUACAACCGGGACAUCAUCGAGGGCAACCAACAUGGCCGAGUGGGAUGUGGUCCAGGAGCCUCCAUCUGCUCCACAAGUGCCCUCUCUGCAGCAGGACUUGGAUUUGCACCUGACUGUGGAGGAACGGGACAAGCUGCACCAGCUCCUUGCCGAACGAGGAGAUGCCGUGAAGCUUGGCUCGCCAAGCCCUUUGACUCCCAAGAUGGCAUCUCGAGUCAUGGCUUUUGCAACUAUGAUGAUGGCAACUAUGACUUCCAUGGUCACCCAGCUCUCCUUGGAUGAGCGCGAUGGACUUUGGGAGAUUGCCUGUGCUCCUCACUCCUGGCUGAGUGAGUCAGCUCAACACCAUGGCCUGCGACCGAGACGUAUCAAUCUCCAGAACGGCUACGAUUUGUACCGUUCUUCAACAUGGCAAAACCUGAGGGAGCUGAGAAAGGUCAAGCGGCCCAAGAAGCUUUGGUUCUCCUUGCCAUGCACAAGAUGGUGCCCAUGGACAGCCAUCAACUAUUCAACAUGGGAGCGCCAGCAGAUCCUUGAAGGCUAUCGUCGAAAGGAGCGCCGUAUGCUCUGGGAAGCCGCUCGCUUCAUUGAAGAUGCUGUCCAAGAAGACCCUGACAUCGAGAUUUACUGGGAAUGGCCUCACAAUUGUCUUGGAUGGAAGCAAAACCCAGUGGUUCAUAUCUCUAAGAUCAUGGAGAAGUUUGGCUUUGACUGGCUGCCUUGCCGAGUUGAUGGUUGCUGUUACUCUAUGAAAGAUGCGCAUGGAGAUUUCCUUUUGAAGAAGUGGCGUAUCUACACCAAUUCCGAACAGUUCCAUCAAGCCUUCAAAUGCAAGCUAUGCCCUCAGAAUCACAGUCAUGGUCGUAUUGAAGGUGUUGAAACAGCCAAAUCAAGUUACUAUCCCUGGAAGUUUGUCCAGUCAGUGUGCAAUGUGCAAGUUCUGGGCUUCACAGAAGACGAUGACUUCAUCCUUGCGGCUGAUGCGAGGGCGGCCACGUCUUCAUCAACCUCGCCCUUGCCGAGCUCUAUGGAUCCUUCAGAAGACGAGAAGAAGAGAUGGCAACUCAAGCUGCAAAACUUUCACCGUGCAUCCGGGCAUGCCCCACCUCGGAGCAUUGCUCGCAUUGUCAGAGACGCUGGACUAGAACCUUGGAAGAUCAAGAUGGCUGAAGAUUACCAGCAGUACACACACCUGCGUGGUGUGAUCGCUCGAGCAGCGAGCCUAUCGACUGCAUCCUUGGCAGAUCUGAUCUCAAGCUUGGAUCCGCAAGUUUGGACAAAGGAGCAGCUGGAAGGCCUGAAAACAGGGCUUGCGGAGAAACUUGCUGAUUGCAAGGAGAGGAGGCCGAUGCAGGACUAUGUCUGUUUUCCUCUUUACUUGGAUCAGCAGUGGUGGAACAUGUUACAGACCACGUCAUCUCAAGCUGAGCGCUUUGAGCGUCUGUGCAGACAUGUUCUGUCGUUGGGCAUGCGUUGUCCAUCUGAACCCACGGUGGCUGCCCUUGUAUGGCUGGCAUGCUGCGCUUUCCGUGCGCAGGAUAUGACGGAUGCGGAGAAGCGCAGCCUUUUGAAAGAGUACAAGCCGAAGCUGAAGAAAUGGAUCUCGCAAGUUGAGCAGCCACCAGUCUACUUGACAGUUUUACCUGCGGUGGUAGCAGACUGUCCUGUGCCGUUGCUGGCGAAUGCAUACCAUGGGGGCUUUCAGGAGUAUACGCCGCCAGGUUGGUCCUACGAGCACUAUGAGAACAUGGUCCGGCAAUUUCCUUUGCGUCAGCGAAAGGAGGUCCCCACGGAGAAGUCGAACACGUCUGAGGGACGUGGAUUCUUCGAAAUGGGACGGUUGCUGGCCGGCUUCGCUGAGAGCGGAAUGUUUGGGAGACAGAUGACCAUGUCAUCUGAUUCGUCGGCUCGCGAUGCAAGGGAAGCGCCGCGCGAGGAUCUUUCCCGUAUUGAAGUGCCACGGGCAUCUGUGGCCCCUUUGGCUUUGGAAGACAUUCCCAGAGCCGAUACGUCUCUGCGUGAGACGAAACGGGGCGAACCGUCUUCCAAUACGUCUCUGCGUGAGACGAUGGCACCACCAGUGUCUCCGCGUGAGACGAGGGAGGCGCAGCAUACCGCAUCGGCGGAGCUCGCUGCCCUGCGUGGGGAGCUCUUGCUGCAGGACCAGGUAGCUGCAGAUGCCGAUGCGCCUGGGAGCAUGAAGCGUCCUGCUGGGAAAGUUUCGGCGAAGCCUCAGAAGAAGCCGGCGGCUGGACCGGGAUCUGCGGGAUCCAAGAAAGGGCCAGUCUGUAAGGUUUCUGCUUCGAAGACGAGUACCAGGAAAAUGUUCAAGAAGCCUGCGGCUGCGGUGCCACGAGGACGUCGUGCGGCGACGGGCCAAGAUCUGAGAGAUCGUUUGUUGGCUUCCGUUCCGGAAAAAUUGAAGCGGGAACACAAGAAUGGCUGCAGUAGCUGCCGGUACAGGUCCGUGCUGCAGCGGAAGAUGGCGAAUGGAGGCGGCGGCUCCAGCGAAUACGAAUCCUUCGGGGAGGAGGGAGAAGAGGAGCCUUGCCCACCUCCCACGCCGCCUCCUGCAAUCCCCCGCUCCAAGGGAGCGGUCAAAUCAGCUGCGCGCCCACCGGCACCGCGCGGAGCUGCGCGCUCCACAGGUGUCAAGGUCGAGCCAGCGUCCUCGCCCUCCAUUUCCCCAGCGCCCGCGCGGCGCGAGGCGCGUGUGGCUCGGGCAGACUCGCCUCCACUGGCGGCCUCUGCGCGUGCAAAGGCCGCACCCUCUGCGGAGAAGCGGCCGCGAGUCCGCGGCAGGAGGGCCCGGGGACAGAUGUGCGACAUCUGUUGGAAUGAGGUGGGUGGCUUCCCGUCUGCGUUGGAGCAACAUCGCAGGUGGAACCUGGAAUGCUUGCGAUGGCAGCACUACAAUGCAGGAGACUGCACCUGGGAGGAAGCCAGAGACAGAGCGAUGCAAACGAAAAUGCGUCGCGAUGCGCGUGCGAUCGUGGAGCAAUCGCGCACGCGAGAGGAACCCUCUGCGGGAGGGAAGCACUGGCCGCGCGAGGAUCUGCGGGAUCGGAGUGAGCGCAUGGAACGCACGGCUCCGAAGAGUGUGAUCGUAAAGGUGCAUGAGAAGAAAAAGAAGAAAAGACGAUCACACAAGAGCAAGCGCGACAGAGACGAAUCGCCGACGCCGGAGGUCGAUCGGGACCGCAGGCGUCGAGACCGUCCGCCGAGCAGUUCGGACGAGGAGCCGCGGACAUCGAAGCGCCCUCGCCAGCGGCAGCUGGUGAUCACUCUGCCAGACCAUGUGCGCUUCUGA